CCUAAGCAUAUACACAUAAAAAAAAAAAAAAACGGAAAAUGCAGCAGGCAGUGUAAUUUGAAUCACAAACAAAUUGGAGUCGCACUAAACUCACAUCGCCGGAAAACGCAGUCGGAAUCGGUGGUCGUCAGAAGACCACAAGAUACAGAAUGAAUCGUUUGAAAAAAUCUUCUUCCCCUGAACGGAAACGACAAAGAGUGUCGUCUGAGCCUUCCUUGACAAAUGACGAGCGUCUACUCUAUAACCUCAUACGUAGCAAGACAGACAUAGGGAUCUCGGCAGUAGACAUGAAAAGAGACACAACCCUUCCUCCUUCUGUCAGUUCUGGGAUCAAUAAAAUCCUGAAGGCACUUGUGGCCAAGGAAGUUAUAAAGGACGUUCCUACCAUUCAAAACAAAGGUAGAAAGAAUUACAUGGCAAAAGAAUUUGUGCCUUCCACUGAAAUCACCGGCGGGCAUUUUUAUAGUGAUGGGGGUCUUGAUACGGGACUUAUAGACGCUCUAAAGAAAGUGUGUGUGCAAUGCAUUUCUAAUCAGAGAGUUUCCACAUGUGAUGGAUGUUUGGAGUGGUGUAGAAGGAGCGGAGUCUUUACUACUCAAAUCACUGAAAAACAAAUAAAAGAGAUUUUGGAAACUUUGAUUUUGGAUGAUGAGAUCAUGCAGAUGACAAGUACUGGAUAUGGGGAUUUUGCAUCUAUUCCUGUUGGCAAAACUUGUUACGUAAGCAAACGCAAGGGUGGAGUUAAAGGGGAAAAGAAAUCUGUCAACAAUACCCUCUUUCCAUGUUUUUCUUGUCAACGAAUGAGCUUAUGUUCACCCGAAGGCGCCAUCUCUCCAGAAACAUGUGUCUAUUUUCAGAAAUGGUUGGAUUUCUGAAUGAGUUUAUUACACUACUAAUUUGUUUUGUUUCUUUUUUGAAAUGACUUUCUUAUUUAUGACUCUCAUACAA